GUCUCUCGGGAGGCUGGAUUAGCCACAAGUUGUGGUGAACCAGGGUAAAAUUCGGUGUGCCUCUUACUCUUCUCUUUACUUCUCUUUUAAUUUUUUUUUAAUUCCUGCGAUUUCUCCGAUCAAAUGCUAUUCACCCCCCCCCCUCUAGCGUUGGUCUGUUAUUCUAACAAUUGGUAUCAGAGCCUAACUCGCGUCCAAACUUAACCAUUUGAGAGUAAAGCGAUCAUGGGUUCUUCUUCUAGAAAUCUUUAUGCAGGAAUUGGAGAAGGUCAAUCAACCUCGAGGCCACCACUCUUUGAUGGAACCAACUACACAUAUUGGAAAGAGCGGAUGAGAAUUUAUAUCCGCUCAACCAACUUUCAGUUGUGGUUGGUCAUCAAGAAUGGCGAGGAAACUCCAAUGAAGAAGGUCGAUGAAAAACUCGUCCCAAAGACCGAGGACGAAUUUGAUGCCGAAGACAUCAAAGAGGUGGAGAACUACGCCAAGGCUAUAAAUAUGUUGUACUGUGCCGUCAAUCCUGAUGAUUAUCGUAAGAUUUCUUGCUGCACCACUGCCAAAGAAAUGUGGGACAAGCUAGAGGUCACAUAUGAAGGUACGGACCAAGUUCGGGAAGCCAAAAUUGACUUCCUAACGCAGAAGUACGAGAUGUUCAGGAUGAAGGAAGGAGAAAAGAUCGAUGACAUGUUUGAUCGGUUUUCAAAAAUCAUCAACGACCUUCACGCUCUCAAGAAGACAUACACCAACAGGGAUCUCGUGAGGAAAAUCCUGCGAAGCCUCACACCCGAAUGGAGAUCAAAGGCAGACGCAAUCUAUGAAUCCAUCGGAGUCUCAAAUGUCACCAUCAACGGGCUAAGAGGUAAUCUCAAAACUUAUGAAUCUACUAUCCUAACCCCGUCUUUGGAUGAACAAAAGAAGAAGGGUAUAGCGCUGAAAGCAACCAAGGAGUCCGUGGAAGAUGACUCAAGCGAUGAUGACAACGAGUUCGGACUCAUCAUCAAGAAGUUCCACAAAUUCAUGAAGAAAGAAUUUGAAAGAAAAGGAAGAAAGCACGACAAGCCCCCGAAGUGCUAUGGUUGUGGUGAGAUAGGCCACAUCAAGCCGAGGUGUCCAAAAAGCAAAGGCGGCAAGGACAAACCUGGCUUCAAAAAGCAACGCGCCUACAUCUCUUGGGGAGGCGACUCCGGGGAUGAGUCAACGGAUCAGGAAGAGGAGGAAGCCGCCAACCUCUGCCUCAUGGCGCACGAAGAUCAAACCGACAACGUUCAAGAGUUCGGGUCGGAAGAGGAACUCUCUCGCUUCAUCACCCACUUCGCCAAGCGCCCCAUCUCUCCGCCAAGGGUGCUACCUGAGCUAUACCCUCAACAGAAGGGUUACUACGACCUUGACAAUCAACUCAAGGAGUCGGGUCUGUGGCCCUUCGUCUCCCGCAGUUGCACCUCCUUCAAUCCCGCCUACGUUCGGGCUUUCUACUCCAAUCUCCGCCGGGACGGGGACACUAUUCGCAGCAGCAUCAAUCUCGUGGACUUCGAGUUUUAUUUGGCUACCUUUGCCCGGAUCGCAGGUUUGCCCACUCGCGGUGACGACAUCGCGACUUAUGGUGGCGAUGAUUGGAUCCUCAACAACGAGGCGGUGGUCAUCCGAGAGCUGGGAAUCACCAACCUCGCCGUUCAUGCAAUCACCCAUGGUGCCUCGAUCAAUUGGGCGAAAUACGUCAUGAUCCACAUGGCGGAUUGCGCCUCAAUCGCCUUCCUCGUCAUGGAUCUCAUUGUCGCGGCCGAAAUCUACAUCGCCGGCCCGGCCACGAAGAUGACAAAGAUUUGGAUCAUCCAAGACAGCACCUUCCGGAAGAAGUCCGGUGACGGAACCGGCGCUGGACCGAGUCGUGCCCGUGCCCCUGCCCCUGCUCCCGCUCCCGCCAAGGCGUCCUUACAGUCCAUAGCCAAUACCCUGAAUCGGCUAACCAUCACCGUGGAUGGCAUGGGCCAAUACCUGGAGAGGAUGGACUGGACGCUGCAACGCCAAAACCACGACAUGACGGCGUACUUCCGCGGCAUCAACUACGUCCCGCCGCCCUUUGACAGCACCUUCCUCGGCCAAAACUAUGAAGGCGAGGACGAGGAAGAUGCCUCUUAUGCUCCGUCCUCCCCCGACAAGGCCGAUUUUGAGGACGCGGUCGACGGGGAUCCCAUGGACGUUGAGGACGACGAAGAAGAUGAUGACGCCGAGGACGAGGACGCCGCUGCCUAGACUCUUCUUUCUUUUCCUUCCUUACUAUGAUUGUCUUUUUUAUUAUUUCCAUUCUGUUGUAUUCCGCAUUUUCUCCUUUUUAAUGAAUAAAAGUUUACUUUAUACUCUAAAAAUCACUUUUAAUUCUUUUUGUUAAUGUCAAAAGGGGGAAGAUAUCAAGGUUAUGCAUAAAUUGAGGGGGAAUUG